UUCAUGCCAAGCUCCACGCUGAUGUCAACGCUCCUUGGCUAAAGUCUAGAACCUUGCUCCUGAGAUCGUUUCGUUUGAAUCGUCAACAAAACAAUGAUAAAGGACCACCCAUAUCAGCACGAGUAGUCAUCGCACAACAGCGCCACCAUGUCGGUAACACUCCACACCACGCACGGAGACCUUAAGAUUGAAGUCUUCUGUGAGAGUGUCCCCAAGACCGCCGAGAACUUCCUCGCCCUAUGCGCGUCCUCCUACUACGAUGGCUCGCCCUUCCACCGCCUGAUCCCCUCCUUCAUGGUGCAGACGGGCGCGCCUGCGCACCCCAACCCACCCGACAACCCCAAGGGCGGGCGCUCCAUCUACGGGCCGACCUUCGAGGACGAGAUCCGGCCCGGCCUGCGCCACCACGAGCGCGGCGUGGUCAGCAUGGCCAACAAGGGGCCCAACACCAACGGCAGCCAGUUCUUCAUCACCUUCGGCCCCGCGCCGCACCUCGACGGACUGAACACCGUGUUUGGGAAACUGCUCGGGGACGAGAGCCUCGCAACGCUGGCCAAGAUCGAGGCGCUCGAGGUGGACAAGAAGCACAGGCCGACGGAGGAGGUGCGGAUCGAGAGGGUUACCGUCCAUGCGAAUCCCCUGGCGAAGUGAUGCGCAGGGGAGGACGCGACAAAAGCAAGCAGAAGCCGAUACUCCCGACGCCAAGUUAGAUUGGUCGCUACACGCUUUCUACAUAAAGCUACCAAGCAUGCCGAGUCAGAACGCCGUGUGGAUGGUGGGGGAGGCAAGGGUGGAAGCCAUGCGCACAGGCGGAGGUGCGGGCCGCAGUGAUGCCAGAGAGCGGCAUUGCUCGCCAGGGUCAGCCGGACAUGCCCGUCGCACUCGGAACAUCCAGAGAUGUGGCUAGUCCAAUACAGAGGGGCAACGGCUGGCUAAUCAGCUGCGCGGCGCUUUAGUCGACCGCAAGGCAUAGAGGGUUGGCGUCUUACUCUAUCCCGAGAUAAGGCGCUGUCCGGGCGACGUGCUUGUACUUUCACUGGUAAGUCGUUGUGGUCACGAACUAGACCUUUAGGAUGCGCAGACCAUCGAAAGCCCACUGAAUCUCGUCAUCACGUCGUCGCAUUGUAUUCUUCCU